GUGUCUGGUUCUUAGAUGGGUAUAAAUGUGAGUAAAAUGUGUGCAUUGUAUCAGACUUCCGGAAGACACUCGUCGCUGACAGUUGAAUUUGCGCUACUUUGCUACGCACUACACAUUCAGAGAACAAUGAGGGCACCUCAGAUGCUGCUUCUGGCUGCAGUUGUUCUGCUGCUCCACCAAGGCACCCAGGCCGCAUCACUGGGCCGGCAGCGCCCGGGUUACCACGGAUACCCUCUGGGGGCAAACGCCAACCCGCUGUACACCCAACAACAAGGUGGCGGGUAUAACGUGGGGCAGGACCCCCGCCCGCCGGGCUCCUACGGCUCCCAUGGCAACGGUAUAGGAGCUGUGCCCUACACCACUCGACCUCGGCAGUUUCGACCACCCGGCACAAUCCAACACACGUCCAAUCAAUAAAUUUUUAGACCUGUUUUCCAUCUGAGAAACCUAUCGCCAUAGUACUAAAAAGUCUGUAACCAUUCGCAUAAAUAGUUCAUAUAUUGAUAAGUAUCUUUGCGUAAGCAUACCGAAAAACUUUGUUUCUGUUACUCGAAUAACAAUGUCUGAUCUCGCAAAUAAUAUGAAGAUUUGUCGUGUUAUCCAACAAUUUGUUUACAUUCAUCAAAGGUUUGGUUAUCGAUACAAAAAUGAAGCUACAUGCAUAGUAUUAUUUUAAAUUUAGUUAUUUCAAGCUGAGGUUUCAAUUGUAAAAAGAGGUACUUGUUUUAAGUUCAAAUGUUGUUUAUACAUUUGUGUAGAUAUAGUGUAACUUUCAGUAUGUAUGUAAGUGCAGUAUUAAUUUCUCUUAUCUGUAAUGCUACAGUCCUGGCAACCACAUUCAUUGUUUUCAAGUAAUGGGUGAAAUCUUUUGUGUUAUUGACUUUUUGUAAGUAACUCAUUUUUAUCUUUGUUUACAAACUGUAACUCACUCAUAUAUAACUAUUGCAUUGUAUGUUUAAAUUUGAUGCUGAUGACCCUUUCCAUUUACUGUGGACGUACAAUCCAGGAAGAGUAACUUGCAAAUGAAUGAAUACAAAUAUUUUUAGAAAUUAAUUAACUUUUUGUAAAUAUACGUUUAUGUACAAUAAAACUUCUUGUAUUUUAAAUAAUUCGAGACAGAGUCUAGAUAUUCUCACACAUGUAUCAGACUGUCAAUAAAGAUAGAAAUGAAUAAUCUUGA